AUGCCCGCCAAAUCCCGUUUCACUCGGCUAGACGCCUUUACUAAGACAGUAGAAGAUGCAAGAAUACGGACGACAUCAGGGGGCAUUGUCACAAUAGCUUCUUUGCUCAUUGUCUUCUAUUUGGUAUGGGGAGAAUGGUCAGAUUACAGACGGGUGACGGUGCAUCCUGAGCUCAUAGUGGAUAAGGGGCGAGGAGAGCGAAUGGAGAUACAUCUCAAUGUCUCUUUCCCCCGGAUACCCUGCGAACUCCUCACACUCGACGUAAUGGACGUAUCUGGCGAGCAACAAACAGGCGUCAAAGAUGGUCUAAGCAAGGUCCAGCUUGCACCAGUAUCUCAAGGUGGUCUCCCAAUCUCAGUCUCGUCAUUGAAUCUUCACGGCGAAGAAUCGGCCUCCCACCUCGACCCCGACUAUUGCGGCAACUGCUACGGCGCCAUCGCACCCCCCACAGCGAUCAAAACCGGCUGCUGCAACACCUGCGAAGAAGUGCGUGAAGCCUACGCCUCUGUCUCCUGGGCUUUUGGCCGUGGCGAAAACGUCGAACAAUGCGAACGCGAACACUACAGCGAAAAGCUAGACGCCCAGCGUGGCCAAGGCUGCCGAAUCGAAGGCGGAUUUCGCGUCAACAAGGUCAUUGGAAACUUCCACAUUGCGCCAGGAAGGAGUUUCAGCAAUGGAGCGAUGCAUGUGCAUGAUCUGAAUAACUAUUUGGAUACGCCAGAUGGGAACCCACAUACUUUUACGCAUCACAUCCAUCAUCUGCGCUUUGGGCCCCAGGUACCGGAAAGUGUGACACAGAGGCUCGGAGCAAAGAAUGCGAUGCCCUGGACGAAUCAUCAUCUGAACCCGCUGGAUCAGACGGAGCAGCUCACGGACGAUCCCGCGUUCAAUUAUAUGUAUUUUGUCAAGGUGGUUAGUACGAGCUAUCUCCCACUUGGGUGGCAGGGGAAGAACGGCGCGUUUGGGGGCCAGGAUGAUGCGCUGUUGAAUGAUCUUUUGCCAGUGGGAAGUCAUGGGAGGGGCGAGGAUGGGAGCUUGGAGACGCACCAGUAUUCGGUGACUAGUCAUAAGAGGAGUCUGAGUGGGGGGAGCGAUUCGCAGGAGGGGCAUAAGGAGAGGCUGCAUGCGAAGGGCGGCAUCCCAGGCGUCUUCUUCAGCUACGACAUAUCGCCGAUGAAGGUUAUUAACAGAGAAGAGCGAACGAAGACUUUUGCAGGUUUCCUAACGGGCGUCUGCGCGGUCAUAGGAGGUACUCUGACUGUUGCUGCGGCGAUAGACCGGGGGGUGUACGAGGGUGCUACGAGGAUCAAGAAAUUGCAUCAGCGGUGA